UCUCCGAUGCUGGUGUCUCUCCUAUCAGUAGCUGCACUGCUCUGCACAGGAGUCUGCGGCGUCAUCACGGCGCUGUACCGGCGCCACGCAGCCAGGAGACACGAUAUAGACAAGCAUCCUCCUUCCACCAACGCACUCUACAUGGAACAAAGCGUGGAGUCCCUUUCAAAGCAGGACAAUCUGAACACGUACUGUGCGUCUCCCAAGCUGGACUACUGCAGUCAGUACGAGCUGAAGAUGGAGGGGAGUGGGGAGGAUACGGACCCUGAUAUCAUUCCUUGUCAUUAUGAUAAGAAACCAAUAGGUGAAUACAGUAAGCUGUCUACUCCUGGGUUAGACGCAGACCCUCACAGGAUAUUCAGCGAUAGACCAAUUAUACCAGGCAGUGCUUCAUCAGUAAGUAUAUGCGUAGUCAACCGCGGGGUGACAGCUCGCAGCGCCGACAUCGCGGCGGCGCGCCGGCCUGAAGUCGUCACUACUGCGAGAAAGGUGCGCGAGAGUUGCAUUUAGACAUACUUCUAGAUAGUGAUGGACACUUGUGACAGAGUGAUGUGAUGCUGUGGUCUUUGGAUGUAGGUUUUAAUUUGUAGAUAGAUUUUUUAUCGUCAUCAGGAUUUAUAAAAUUAUGGUUUGUGAA